GGUGUACUAUAUACACUAUAUUGCCAAAAAUAUUGGGGCACCCCUCCAAAUCAUUGGAUUCAGGUGUUCCAGUCACCUCCAUGGCCACAGGUGUAUAAAAUCAAGCACCUAGGCAAGCAAACUGCUUCUACAAACAUUUGUAAAAGAAUGGGUCACUCUAAGGAGCUCACUGAAUUCAAGCAUGUACCGUGAUAGGUUGCCACCUGUGCAAUAAGUCCAUCUGUGAAAUUUUCUUGCUACUAAAUAUUCCACAGUCAACUGUCAGUGGUAUAACAAAGUGGAAGCAACUGGGAAAAACAGCAACUCAGCUACGAAGUGGUAGGCUACGUUAAAUGACAGAGCAGGUUCAGCGCAUGCUGAAGUGCACAAUGCGCAGAAGUCACCGUCU